AUGGACCCCACCACUCUGACAACCUACAUCGCCAUUCCCAUCUCCUUCCUCCUCGGCGGCUACCAAUUCGCCCACUCCCAAAACAUCCUCCCAACCCUCCACUCCCUCCCCGUCUUCGUCUCCACACCCCUCUUCACUCAAGUCUACUAUUCCGGCUUUAAGAUCAUCCUUCCCGGUGCAAUUCUCACAGCAGCGACUUAUGGCUACGCCGCUUACCGGACGACUCCCCAGACAGGUGGAGGCCUACUGUCGAGACGGAAUCUGCUGGUAUUUGGCGCGAUGUGCGCCAUUGGAGUGGGAGCAUGGACGAAAAUCGUGAUGGGUGCUGGGGUUGAGAGGGUAAUUGCGAUUAGUAAGGAUGCGGCGAUGCAGGUGAAGGCGGAGGAGAGUGGGAAGGUGCUGAGGUUGUUGAAGGCGUGGACGGGGCAGAAUUAUGUUAGGCCUGGGAUUUGGGUGGGUGCUGGAGUGGCUGGGUUGUUGGCUGUCAUGGAGUGA